ACUUAAGUAGAGGACCAACAAUCAAUACGCUCUCAGUACACUGUAAACGAAUUCAUAGGAGAUAUCAAAAUCAUAACAAGAUUACAGCAAAAUGUGGUCGUAUUUAUUGUUCUUUCUAACUUUUCACGGUAUUCAAUGUGAACCGGAAACAGUGAGAGAUAACUUCGAUUACUUUAGCUUUGGAAAUGAAGAAAAUAUAUUGAAAAAUCUCGAUCUUCAUGCGCCAAAAGACGAAAUCGUGUUACGACCGCAGGAAGUAAAGGACUGGCCCCAACAGUCACUGAAUGUAGGACAAAUAACUGCCGUCUCAAUAAAUUCCUUGGGACAACCAGUAAUUUUCCACAGAGCCGAAAGAGUGUGGGACGAAAGUACUUUCAACGAAUCAAAUGUUUAUCAGAAUCUCGAUAAGGGACCAAUUAUAGAAGACACCAUAUUAGUACUUGAUCCCCAAACAGGAUCAGUGCUACACAGCUGGGGAGCCUAUGCCUUCUACAUGCCUCAUGGUUUAACUGUAGACCAUCACGAUAAUGUUUGGGUCACCGAUGUGGCGAAACAUCAAGUUUUUAAGUUUACACCAAAUAACCACAAAUACCCAAUACUGACAAUCGGUGAGGCCUUUACAGCUGGCUAUCCAUAUAGACGUCGUGUCUUGCUCUGCAUGCCAACAUCAGUGGCAGUUGCAACUACAGGCGAGAUAUUCGUUGCCGAUGGAUAUUGUAACAACCAGAUUUUGAAGUUUAAUGCAGCUGGCACACUGCUGUUCGCCAUUCCUUCAUUCUCAGACACACUGACCUUGAAUGUACCUCACAGUGUAACAUUAUUGGAACAAUUGGAUAUAGUAUGUGUGGCAGAUCGAGAGAAUAUGAGAAUCGUCUGCCCCAAAGCGGGUUUGAAGAGUUAUAUCAAAAUGUUGGAACCGGCGACUGUUAUUGAAGAUCCGACGUUAGGACGCGUGUUUGCUGUCGCGUCUCACGGAGACAUGAUUUACGCUGUUAAUGGACCGACUUCACAGAACAUUGCGAUCAGAGGAUUCACCGUGAAUGCCUUGUACGGAAAUAUUUUAGAUACCUGGGAACCCAGUACCGGCUUUACAAACCCUCAUGCCUUAGCAGUAACGAGAAAUGGGUCUCAUCUCUACGUCACAGAAAUAGGCCCAAACAAGAUAUGGAAAUUCGAAUUAACCGAUGUAUAUGACAAAAAAUAGAUUAUUUUAAAUCACGUAGUCGUUUAUUAAGAUAUAUUUACCGCUUUAAAAAGAGAAUCAAAUUCGCAAUGUAGACACUUACCAAAAUAAAUAAUAUAUUAAUAA